AAAGUCAAUUCCCAGCAGUCAGCACGAAAGACACACAGUUAUCAAAUGGCUUCAGAAAGACAAGAAAGUUGUUUAGAAAAAAUACACACUGUGCAGAUAAUAUAUCAAAAUCCUUUAAAAAUUAAGAUAUGUCUAAAGAGCAUAGAAAAACUGACACCAGUGAAGAGCUGAGUAUUUUUGUACACUUUGAGACUGGAGUAAGAGUAAUGCACUGGGGAUGCUUCAGUGGUUUUCAAACUGUGCAAUGGUUGAAAGAUACAUUGAAGUCAAAGCAAAGGCAAACUUCAGUCUGUGGCAGAAAAACGUGUUCUUCACAACAGUUUUCUUUCUUUUUUUGCUGAACGUAUCGACUUGACGCGUACAGUGAAGAACAAUCUCCAGAAGAGCGUGUACAAUUGACUUUCUGCCUUUUGCAUCAUCACAGUUUGCCACAGUGUUAAUCCUUACAGUCAUUUGGUGCAGCUUCUGAGCUGGGUGCCUUUCCUAAUGGUACUGGGUGGGUGGGUUUGGGGGGAAUUGAACUUGGGGGACACACAAAGAAAACAUGCCAACUGCAUCCACACAGACCUAGGUCACCAGCUGGAAUCUAACCAUUGAUGUCUUUGCUGUAAGGCAAGAGCACCCACCACUUCACCACCAUGGUGCGCACUUUUUCUGUGUUCUGCAUGUCAAAUCCUACUAAUGUUAACGCCAAUGUCGGCCACUGUGGGUCAGUCAAACAGGAGAGAGUGUAAUCCAGUAAUCACAUCAUCCAAUAUUCUGCAGAUUAGCUGUAUGCACGCACUGACAAAGGAGGCUCUCGUCUCCAUUAACACUAUACACUCCCUUAUUUAGUGAAGGGAACAGAACCCACGCAUGGGGGUCUUAUCCCCUACCAUCUACCGUUGCGCACUGGCGCACGCACAAUAUGAACUCCACAUCACUUUGGAUGGCGUAGCCGUGUGACGGUGCGACAGUGCAGGUCAGUGCUCAGCAGGUCUGCGCACCCCGGGCUCCUGCAGCUCAAUUAGCGUGACAUACUUUCUCUUGCAGAUCUGCUCCUUCCUGUCUCUCUGGAUACAGCGGAUUAUGUCUGCUAACACCGGUGCGCACUUCCCACAAGACUCAGACACGCGGAGAGCGUCUUCCCCUCCUCCCGUCUGCCGCCGCUGCACAAAACACGACUCGUGCUUCACUGGGAUAUGACCGAGGAUGGAGACAUGGCUGGGUUCAAACCUCAGAAGGAGAUCGUCUACAACGGCCUGCUGCCUUACUCUGACCGCUUGGACCAGGAGGCCACCGAGCUGCUGGCAGAGAUCAAGGCCAAUCUGUCCAGAGCUGUUCUCCUCAGAGAGCUGUGGCCCGGAGUCGCUUUUUGGUCCAGGAAACUCUUCUCGUUUCUGAAGCUGUACGGCCGGAGGUUCAGUAAAGAAGACCACAUUCUCUUUGUCAAGCUGCUGUAUGAGUUGGUCACACUGCCUAACCUGGAGCCCCACAUGAUGCAGAACUACGCCCAGCUGCUGAUUCACCUGCUCAAGAAGAAGGAACUUCUGUCCAGAGAUGACCUCCAGCUGCCCUGGCGUCCACUCUAUGACCUCUAUGACAGGGUGAUUUACUCCAAAACUGAGCACCUUGGACUCAUCUGUUUCCCCAGCUCUGUGGAUCAUAUUCUAAAGGCCUUGAUCAAAAGCACCAGACUGUAUUUCCCAGAGUCAUCCACCAAGGAGAUGCUGGAUGAGUGGCGCCCCCUUCUGUGUGUGUUCGAUGUGGUCAUGCAGAAGGCCAUCAGUAACAUGGAACUGUUCCUGCCCACCAUUAUGCCUCCAGAGGAACACAGCCAGGGCUUCAAGUUGUGGUUUGAUGAAUUAAUCAACCUUUGGAUGGCAGUGCAGAAUCAGCCGAGCUGGGAAGGGCACCUAGUGAACCUGUUUGCGCGACUUGCCAACGAUAACAUCGGCUACGUGGACUGGACUCCUUAUAUUCCCAUGAUAUUCACCAGGAUUUUACGAAGUCUGAACCUGCCAGUCGGGGUCAAUCAAAUGUUGGCACCGCGGUAUCUGACCAACUCCUACGACAUUGGACACUUGGUGUUGUGGAUCACAGCACUUCUGGGUGGACCAGGAAACCCUGCACAGAAACAGCUGACCUGCCUUUUCAACAGCAUCGCCUCCUUCUACCAUCCCUCCAAUCACGGGCGCUGGCAGUCUCGACUAAUGCGGCUGCUUCAGCGUCUCCCAGCCAGCGUUGUGCGCCGUGUGCACCGGGAGCGUUACACUGACCCCAGCUGGAUCACUGUGGUUCCCGAGGGUCAGAGACUUACUGAUGCAGACCUUCAGGAGUUCACACAAAGUCUCAUUGGAGCCGCCCUUCUGGCCAUGUUCAGUAAAAAUGGCAGUACAGAUGCAGCCUACGCGCUACAGAACCUGGCUCUCCUUACACCAGAAAUUGCAAUACCCCAUGUUCUAGAGAAGACCUACGCAGCCAUGGAGACCCUGACGGAGCCACACACCCUCACCGCCACCCUCAGCUGCAUGAUCGGCAUGGCCCGCAGCCUGGUUUCCCCUAACAACCAUUACCCAGAGGGCCGGACGCACGUGCUGCCGCUGCUCAUGGGCUGCCUGCCAGGGGUGGACCCCAAUGACUUCAGCAAGUGCAUGAUAACGUUCCAGUUCAUCGCCACCUUUACCACUCUGGUGCCUUUAGUAGAUUGUUCUUCUGCUGCCUCUCAACACUGUGGUCUCACCGAGAUUGAAAAAGACUUGUGUUUCGCUUCUGCAGAGUUUGAAGACUUCAUUCUCCAAUUCCUGGACAGGUGUUUUGCCCUGAUAGACAGCAGCACUCUUGAGCAGACCAGGGAUGAGACAGAGACAGAUACCCAGACUCAUCUGGAGAGUCUGGUGGAGCUGGGCCUUUCAGCCACUGUUAGCACCAUCCUCACACAGUCAUCUAAAGACAUUUAUAAGGUGGCAUUACAGAAGGUCUACAACUUUGCCACGUCCAACAUCUUUGAAACCUGUGUGUCCGGCAGGAUGGUGGCUGACAUGUGUCGAGCUACUGCCAAGUGUCAUCCUGCUGAGUCGCUCCGUCUGUUCGUCCCUCACUGCUGCAGUGUCAUUUUCCACUUUACCGACAAUGAGGAGCUACAGAACGAAGAUGAACUGGACAAGGAGCUGUUGUGGAAUCUCCAGCUGCUUUCUGAGGUAACCCGUGUGGAUGGUGAGCAGCUGUUAAAAUACCAGGGGGACCUGGAGCGAAUCGUAUGUGUGUGUGUGCGUCUGCGCUGUAAACAGGCUUACACACUUGCCUGCAGUAUGCUGGAACACACUCUCUGCUCGCUCUCCCUCAUCUACCCCACAGAGCACUGCAGCACCACUGGAGUCUGGGACAGUGAUCUCCCAAUACUGGACUGGGGCAAAGCCGGAGAUUUGGCAUCAUUGGGUGUACGUUGGCAUGUGCCUAGUGCGGAAGAGGAGAAUUUUGUUUUCCAGCUGUUGUCUCGGCUUCUUCGCCCAGAGCUGGAGAGAAUAAAGGACCACGUUUCUGGCAAUCAGCCCAUGAGCAGGGAGGAGCUAUUGCAGAGUCUUGCCAUUGUGCACCACUGCCUUCUCGGAGCUGGGAGCAUGCUGCCCCCUCUGGAUGGACCGCAUGUAUCUGACCUAGUGCCUUCUAUGGUGAAUCUGGGCGAGAACAGACUGCAUAUAGGUGUCGACUACAAUUUUUCACGGGAGAAUUACAGACAGACGAUCUGCCAAACCAUGAGACUUCUGCUUCAUCACAUCUUAGAGCACUCAGAGGAUGACACAAAGUCGCUGUUUGUCAUCAUUAAGAUCAUCAGUGACCUCAUGCUGUUUCUAGGUAUUCACAAGAAAGACUUUGACUCGCGCUGGAAGAGCUUCAUUCUUGUUAAGAAAUCCAUGGAGAACAGGCUCCACGGGAAAAAACAGCACAUUAGAUCUCUGCUCAUUGACCGGGUUUUACUCCAGCAUGAGAUGAGGAAGCUGGUGGUUGAAGGUCUCGAAUAUAAAGUGGUUCACCAGGACCUGCUCGGUGAUUUGCUGCUGCUUUCUACCAGCACUUACAGCCAGGUACGUAGCAGAGCCCAGAGUGUGCUGACAACUGCUCUGGGAACCUACAGGUUCUCCUACAGAGACCUUAUUCCCCGAAUUGUUCAACUGCUUUCUCCACAACACACCAAUGGCACUCAACAGCAGUUCAAGGGUGCUCUGUACUGUCUGCUGGGUGUGCACAGUGGUGUCAGCCUGGCGAGUGCGAGAGACUGGGACUGUGUCGGAGAGGUGUGGCCUGCUUUGGUGCGCUGCGGCCUGUCACCUCCCCUGACUCUGGAAAAGCCCUCAAUUAGUCGACUUCUGGAUAACGUCACUGAAAGGAUCACUCGGCAUUACGACACCAUCGGGAUCUAUUUCACAGUGUCAGAUGAAUGUCUACUAAUUGCCAAUUUAAUAGCACAGUCUGUAAAUCCAAUGCCUAGUUUAGAAGCUCCAUCUGCUGAGGAGCUGGAAGAGGGACGCCAGCGCCAGAGAAUCAGAAACGUUGUCGCUGCGAGGAAGUAUGAAAAGCUGGUGAAUAGCCUUUUGGAUUGCCUCGAAGACAGAGACCUGCCCUGGAAGUUUGAGCACAUGGCCACAGAGCUACUGUGUGUCCUGCUCAGAGAGGAUCACCCUCUGCCCACGGAUGCCGUCCUCUAUUUCACACAAAGCCUUAUACAUGACUCCAUCAGCAUACGGAAGUUGGCAAUUUCAGCAACGGCUGGCAUGCUAAAACAGCUGAAACGUCCAAGGAAGAAAGUGGCAGUAAAGGCGUCAGAUAUCAGUGGCAUCGAGGAUCCAGGUGGUGUGUGCGUCGGUGACCGUGAAGCCAAUCAGUGGCUGCAGUACGACAGCAACAACCUGCCCCUCACUCAGGAAGAGUGGGACUCUCAGCACCAUGUGGAAAAACCCCACUGGGGCUACUACUCAUGGCCGAGGGAACUGAUGAUUUAUGCAGCUUCUGAGAAGCCAAAAGAUGGCCUGUCUUAUGAGGAGAUGACAGAGGGUGAAAAGAUCAUCUUUGAAUAUUUCUCAGACCCGGAGUUUAUUGAGCAGCUUAUUGGGUUUCUCUCACUGGAGGAUCGGAAAGGAAAAGACCACUUCAAUCCGCGGCGCUUUUGUCUCUUCAAGGGGCUAUUUCGUAACUAUGGCGAUGUGUUCCUGCCGUUACUAUGGCCUCACCUUGAGCAGCUUGUCAGCGACCCCCAUGAGAGCUCGCAGCGCUGCGUGUGUGAGAUUACUGCAGGACUAAUCAGAGGCAGCAAACUCUGGAGUUUUAGCAAAGUGGACAGGUUAUGGCAGCUCUUGUGCCCGUUAAUCAGAACAGCAUUAACCAGUGUCACGGUGGAAACCUACACAGACUGGGGCACCUGUAUCGCCACCGCAUGUGAGGGCAGGGACCCAAGGAAACUCCACUGGCUGUUUGAGCUGUUGAUGGAGUGUCCCCUCAGUGGAGAAGGAGGGUCAUUCAGGGACGCCAGUUUGCUGUACAUGCUUCAGGGAGGUCUGGCCCAGCAGCAGUGGAGAGUUUCUGAGCUGCUGCACAGACUGCUGGCUUACCUGGAGCCCAAACUCACCCAAGUGUAUAAGGAUGUCAGGGAACGUAUUGGAAGUGUCCUGACCUACAUCUUCAUGAUAGACGUGGCUCUGCCCCACACCCACGCCACCUCCUCCCCCCACGUGGCACAGUUUGUCGCUCGGGUCGUGGAGCGGCUCAAACCGCUCACGUCUGAGUCUGAAAUUCACAACCAUAUCCACGAGGAGAACGCACAGGAGACGGACGAGCGCACUCAGGCUGUCAAGCUGCUCAAGACGGUGUUGAAAUGGUUGAUGGCGAGUGCGGGGAGAACUUUUACUACUCCUGUUCAGCAGCAGCUACAGCUUCUGCCCCUACUCUUCAAGAUUGCCCCGGUGGAGAUUGAUGAGAGCUAUGAUGAGAUGAAGCAGGAUGCGCGCACGUGUCUCUCUCUCAUGUCCCAGGGCCUUCUGUAUCCUGAGCACAUUCCCGUGGUUCUGGCAGCACUAGCAGAGAUGGUUGGCAGCAGGUCAUGGCAUGCACGCUUCUCAGUGCUCACCUACGUCCAGAUUAUGGUUUUCUACAACUUGUUUACUCUGCUCAGCAUGGCCGACGAGGUGCUCCAGAUCCAAAAGCUGGUGAUGCAGCUGUUGCUGGAUGAGCAGCUGGAGGUGAGGGACAUGGCAGCCACCACCCUCAGUGGUUUACUGCAGUGCCACUUCUUCCCUCUGGACCUCAGUCUGCAGACACGGCUCCAGACGCUGAGUCAGACACGACUCCCCAAGGCCAGAGGAGAGCUGGCCUCUACAGACCUAGUGCGGCGCCAUGCUGGAGUGCUUGGCCUCAGUGCGUGCAUCCUGUCGAGCCCCUACGACGUCCCAGAGUGGAUGCCUCAGAUACUGAUGGACAUCAGUGAUCAUCUCAAUGACCCACAGCCUAUAGAGAUGACGGUGAAGAAGACCCUGUCUGAGUUCAGACGCACUCACCAUGAUAACUGGCAGGAGCAUCGGCAAUGCUUCACUGACGAUCAGCUGCUGGUGCUCACAGACCUGCUGGUCUCACCCUGUUACUAUGCAUAGACAGCAAACUGCCUCGCCACAUCCUGUACAGCAGGUCUGACCGAUGGCACAGAACCCUGAUUACCCUGUUUAACUCUGGCAACUCUGGCAUCAUGCUGCUCAGACCUAUGAGCAGCAUGAUGAAAUGAAAUAUAGGGAAAUGUCGGCACGGUGGCUCAGAGCUCCCGCUACAAAUGAGUCAUUUGACAAUAUUGGCCUUCAGCAAAAGAAAAGAUCGACAGUACACAGUACAUCAGUGAGCUGCGGCACAUUAGUGUGUGUGAGAGACCACCAGGUGUACAGCAUAAAAUUAUCCAAUUUCACUUAAUCGGUGUGAAAACUAUUUACUGUAUUUACUGGAAAUAAUUACAGCUAUUGCAGCCCUGCUCCCAUUAUCCACAGCCCACCUAGGUGAGCUUGGCUCUUUAGCAUGGCUGCUAUGAAAAGAGAGAGUCAGAGCUGUUGGAGAACAUCUUCAUGUCUUUUUUUUUUUUUGGAGAUUCUUUGGAGUCACAGAGACAUAUUAUAAGCCCCAAAGGUGGCCACUGUACAUACAACUUUCAUGUUUGUGUAUUUUUAUUGUGGUUGAAUACAUAGGUAUAUGCAGCCAUUGAUUUAUUCCAAAAUGCCAGAUAUGAAAAUAAUAUGCAGAUAUUUAACUGUAUUAUAAUA